CCGGGAGCGGAACGAGCGGAUCGGGGCUUCUUUUUGGACGCUCUCGGUGACCAGCAGAUAUGAGUUUUGGACCAAGAAUUCUUCCUGUUGCACUUUUUAUUGGAAUUGUCCUCACUCGCUGCGGCCACUGCAACCAAGUGGUGCUGCUGGAUACCACGUCUGUGCUCGGCGAGCUGGGAUGGAAGGCCUAUCCUGUCAACGGGUGGGAUGCGAUCACAGAGAUGGACGAGCACAACCGGCCCAUUCACACCUUCCAGGUGUGCAGCGUGAUGGAGCCCAACCAGAACAACUGGCUCCGAUCCAACUGGAUUUCCCGGCAGGCGGCCCAAAAAAUCUACGUGGAGCUCCGCUUCACCCUGCGCGACUGCAACUCCAUCCCCUGGGUGUCCGGCACCUGCAAGGAGACCUUCAACCUCUUCUACCACGAGACGGACGAAGCCCACGCCGUGAAGUUCAAGCCGGCUCAGUACACCAAGAUCGACACCAUCGCCGCCGACGAGAGCUUCACUCAGAUGGACCUCGGGGAUCGCAUCCUGAAGCUCAACACGGAGGUGCGCGAGGUGGGACCCAUGACCAAGAGCGGCUUCUCGCUGGCGUUCCAGGACAUCGGCGCUUGCAUCGCCUUGGUCUCGGUGAGGGUUUACUACAAGAAAUGCCCUUUCACGCUGAGGAACCUGGCCUCGUUCCCGGACACGGUGCCUCGCGUGGACUCGUCCUCGCUGGUGGAGGUGAGGGGCGCCUGCGUGGACCACGCUGAGGAGCGGGACACGCCCAAGCUCUUCUGUGGAGCUGAUGGCGACUGGUUGGUCCCCUUGGGGAGAUGUGUCUGCAGUGUCGGCUACGAGGAGGUGGACGGAUCCUGCAUCGCGUGCCAGCCAGGCUUCUUCAAGGCGUUUGCAGGCAACAUCAAGUGUUCCAAGUGCCCGCCCCACAGUCACAGCUACGGGGAAGGUGCCGCCAUCUGCCGCUGUGAGCUGGGCUUCUUCAGGGCCGCCAAGGAUCCUCCUAUGGCGUGCACGCGUCCUCCUUCCCCUCCCCGCAACGUACUUUUCGCCCUGAACGACACGUGUCUGACGCUGGAGUGGUCGCCGCCCAGCGACGCCGGGGGCCGCCGGGACCUCACCUACGACGUCCGGUGCCAACGCUGCGGCGCCACACCGGAGCAGUGCCGGCUGUGCGAGGAAGACCUGCGCUUCCUGCCGCGGCCGUCGGGCCUGACCGGCGCCUCGGUCACCGUCACAGACUUCUCGGCGCACGCCAACUACACCUUCGAGAUCGAGUCGCUCAACGGGGUGUCGGGCAUGAGCUUGUUUCCUCGCCAGGUCGCCGUCAUAACCGUCAACACGGACCACCGCGGUCCGUCCCUGGCAGGCCCUCUGAAGAAGGACUGGGCGUCUCCCACCAGCAUCGCUCUCUCCUGGCAGCAGCCCACAGGAAGCCCGCUGCCCAUCCUGGACUACGAGAUCAAGUACUAUGAGAAGGAACAUGAGCAGCUGAGCUACUCCUCCACCAGCACCAAAGCCCCCAGUGUGAUCAUCACGGGUUUGAAACCGGCCACCUGGUACGUCUUCAGCGUGCGCACCCGCACGCCAGCUGGAUUCAGCUCCUUUGCCGCCAGAUACGAGUACCAGACCACGGGAGAUUCGUCGGACCUGGCCUCCGACCAAGGUCAGGUUUUGGUCAUCGUCACGGCAGCCGUGGGCGGUUUCACCCUCCUGGUCAUCCUCACCCUGUUCCUCCUCAUUACUGGAAGGUGUCAGUGGUACAUCAAGGCCAAGAUGACCUCCGAGGAUAAGAGGAGGACCAGUUAUCAGAAUGGACACGUUCCUUUUCCCGGGAUCAAGACCUAUGUGGACCCUGACACGUACGAGGACCCUGCCCAGGCCGUCCAUGAGUUUACCAAGGAGAUUGACCCGUCUCGGAUCCGGAUCGAGAGGGUGAUUGGAGCCGGUGAGUUCGGAGAAGUGUGCAGCGGGCGCCUGAGAACCCCCGGCAAGAAGGAGAUUGCGGUGGCCAUAAAGACGCUGAAAGGCGGCUACGUGGAGCGUCAGCGGCGGGAUUUCCUGCGCGAGGCGUCCAUCAUGGGCCAGUUCGACCACCCCAACAUCAUCAGGCUGGAAGGCGUGGUCACAAAAAGCAGGCCUGUGAUGAUUGUGGUGGAAUAUAUGGAAAAUGGCUCCCUGGACUCCUUUCUCAGGCAACACGACGGGCACUUCACCGUCAUCCAGUUGGUUGGCAUGCUGCGUGGCAUCGCCUCGGGCAUGAAGUACCUGUCGGACAUGGGCUACGUUCACAGAGACCUGGCCGCCCGCAACAUCCUGGUCAACAGCAACCUGGUGUGUAAAGUCUCAGACUUUGGACUGUCCCGAAUCCUGGAGGACGAUCCUGAGGCUGCUUACACCACAACGGGUGGGAAGAUCCCGAUCCGAUGGACCGCUCCAGAGGCCAUCGCCUACAGAAAGUUCUCCUCCGCCAGUGACGCUUGGAGUUAUGGCAUCGUUAUGUGGGAAGUGAUGUCGUACGGCGAGCGGCCAUAUUGGGAGAUGUCCAACCAGGAUGUGAUUCUGUCCAUUGAGGAGGGCUACCGGCUUCCAGCACCGAUGGGCUGCCCUGUGGCGCUGCACCAGCUGAUGCUGCACUGCUGGCAGACGGAGAGAAGUCGUCGGCCCAGAUUCACAGAUGUCGUCUCCUUCUUGGACAAACUCAUCCGCAACCCCAGCAGCUUACUGCCGCUGGUAGAAGACAUUCAGAGUCUACCAGAGUCUCCGGGGGAGGAAAUGGACUACCCAAUGUUCAUCUCCAUUGGCGACUGGCUGGACUCCAUCAAAAUGAGCCAAUACAAAAGCAACUUUAUGGCGGCGGGCUACGACACGCUGGAUUCAGUAGCGAGGAUGAGCAUCGAAGAUGUGAGGCGUACUGGAGUGGACCUGAUCGGCCACCAGCGGCGGAUCAUCAGCAGCAUCCAGAGUGUCCACCUGCAGCUGCUGCACGAACAGGAGAAAGGCUUCCACGUAUGAGGUCAUCCCUGACCAUGGUCUGGGACCAGCAGAUUGACGGAAGUGAAGUGUAGACUGUGGCACGCACUCUUCGGUUCCGAAGCCCUGGUUCAGUCUGUUCUAAAGAGGUCACAGGAGUGGCCUCCUCCAUCCUUCCGUAGUAACUGACUCUUUUUCUACGACACACCCCCCCCUUACCCAGCCAACCUGGUCCCACCAGACUGUUUUUAGACCCUCCAGUCUGGCCCGGACCCUUACUUAGGGGAAUGUAAUGCCUUGUUACAGCUGCCGACUUCAAAUAUCUAGACGGGUAGAUCUAUGGACAUGAUCUACUGAAUCUUUGGAUUCUUUUUUUGUUUUCUUUUGUGCUCAUGUUGCUGCUCCUGCGUGUGCAAAAAAAGAUGUUUUUGUCCUCAGAAAGAGAGAGGGGGGGAUAAAAAGAAACACACCCUCGCUACUUUUAUUUUGAAAUUUGAAGGUAUAUUGAUACUUGAAGAGAGGGGUGGAAAGAUGUAUUGAAUGUUCGAGUGUAUAGAAGAGCCAAUCAGUAAUGAUCAUAAUCUUAUAUGGAUAUAUGUGCAGAUCUUUAUGUCAAAGUGACUCUAAAUCUUAUUUCAAAUCAUAUUUAUUUAUGUCCGAUCAGCAAUAAUCAUGCAGUCACCUCAGUGUCUCACGACUUGUGCAAUGAGAGACGUCCGUGUUUUUAGCGCCACACGCUGAGCUAACUGAACCGUGAAAACCGUACACUCUUUUAUGAAUCCGCCAGGAACUUUUUGCGAAUGUGCAUUUCAAAGAGUUGCCCGACAGGAAAAACGAUCACCACUGUCUUAACUUCCCAACGUUCACAGAAGUCAUGGAAGAGGAACUGCGCUCUUUUGGAAUGUUUUGCCUAUUAUUCACAAUCCGUCAAUACGGUUGUAUUUUUUUUUUGUAUGUGUUAUAUAACUCGUAAUAUACAGCAAGUACGAGGUUGAUAACGACGCAGCUAAUAAGAACGCACUAUCCCGACUCGGGGUGGAACGGUACACAAAAAUGUUGGGUCGGUACGUACACUACCGUUCAAAAGUUUGGGGUCACAUUGAAAUGUCCUUAUUUUUGAAGGA